AUGGCGAUGGUGCGAGUGUUCGUCGUGGUGCUGGUGACUGGGCUCCUCUUGUUAUCAAGCUCUUUAACUUAUGGCCAGCAAGUUGGGACGUCGUGCUCGAAGCCUCGCGUUCGCAAGUCGUGGGACGCGCUCGAAGCGUCGGAGAAGACGCUGUACCUGGACGCGGUGGCCGCCGCCAUGAAGGCCGGCUUCCACCAGAAGUUCGUGCAGAUCCACACGACGUACUUCAGCGGCGUGGAGGCGCACAAGUCGCCGACCUUCGUCUACUGGCAUCGGAUGCUGCUGCUGGGCUACGAGAACAUGCUGCGCAGCCUCAACUCGUCGUACAAGUGCGUCACGGUGCCGUACUGGGACCACCUCUCAGGGUCGGCGCAGCAAGGAGCCGGCAGCUGCUCCACCAUCGAGAACUGCUCGCCGAUCAUCGCCGACACCGGCGGCACCACGGGACUGAGCAAGAGCAUCAAGAUCUACAACGUCUCGUACGCGUACACGACCAAGGUCAAGUGCGUGAACCAGGGCGUGCUCAGCCUCUUCUGCGGCAACACCACGACGUGUGCCAACUGCACCCUGCGUCAAAGCAGCAGGUACAUGCCCUCGUAUCCCGACGAGGCGUCCUUCAGCUCCGUGACCAGCCAGCUCUUCACCGCCAGCGCCUGGGUCAACGUCAGCGCCGCGAUCGAGAACGGAGUGCAUAACACGGUGCACAACGCGUUGAGCGGGAUGAUGGCAUACAUGCAGGCGCCUCUGGACCCGGUCUUCUACUCGCACCACGCGCUGAUCGACUUGCUGCAGACCAUUUACCUCAAGUGCAAGCUCGGGGACGAGCAGACCUACCUCUCAGCAGAGAGCAAAGGCAGCGACCCUCGCUUCUGGACGUCGAGCGCCAGGCCUGACGGUGGCACUUUCAGCGCCUCGGACAACGUCACCAUGCACUUGUCAGCGUUCGACGGCCAGACUUUCGUCAACGCGUGGCAGAACCCGAGCAACAUCCUGUACCUCUUCUUCAAGGACCUGCCGUACACGUACGCAGCCUACGUGGACGCCAAGGACAUCGGCAACUACAGCUACACGUACAACAUCAGCGGUGGACUGGCCAAUUUGUACCAGAACUGCUCGGGUUCCAGUACUCUGAGUGCUGUUUCCUCCUCCUCGGCUCUGCUGGCUGAAGACCGGCAAGCAACCGUGACUCGGGCUCCUCCUCCUCCGAAGCCGCUGUGUCACGCUAUUAAUGAAGGCACGGACGAGGACGACGUCAUCAAGCGCGUGAACAUCGCGCUGUUCGAGGCUGCGAGGCUCUUUGGCUUUGAAGUUUGGGCGGCCCGCGCGCAGGUGGAGAUGGUCAUGUGCCAGCGCUACGUCGAGUGCAUCGGCCCAGCCAACGACUACUCCGACACUUAUCGCAAGAGUUUUAACAUCGAGGGACACCCGCGCUGCUACUUGAUCGCCAAGGACAUCGCAGCGGGCAAUCGAGUGAUCGGCAUCCCCAAGUGGAGGAAAAUCACCAGUCGAUUCCUGCCCUGCCCGCUGAAAGACGGAGAAUCAGCGUACACCACAGCGAAGGCUUAA